GCUCCGCUCCGGCUGUCACCUGCCCGCGACCAAGGGGGGCGAUUCUUCCAGGUGAUUUUCACGGACACUCUGCAGCCCAGCCCCGGAUUUCUUGGCAGGAUCCGAGUGACGGGCCGGCAGAGCGGGAAACCGGGGUGAGAAGAGGUGGGGCGGGUGGGAAGGAAGCCUGGCCACACACCCUCGCUGGGAUCCCGUGGGAGUAGACGCAGCGCUCUGGCUCAGCUCCGCGCGGCGCGCGGCAGGACGCAGCGAGUCAGCAUGGCUGGGCGGCCCGCGCGGCUUCUGGUCUGCCUGCUGUCCUGGCUGCCGCUCCUGGAAGGCGCCAAAAUCCUGACGCUGUCCCUGUUCGGGGGGAGCCAUUACCUCCUGAUGGACCGGGUAGCUCAGAUUCUUCAAGAUCAUGGGCACGAUGUGACCGUUCUUCAACCUAGUGGACUGAGUUUCACAUCAGGUUUUGAAGUGGAGAAAAGAUACCGAGUUGUCCUUUGGUUUCCUCCUGAAGACUACACGCAGGAAUACAAGAAAUACAUUGAUUUCUUUUUACAUGAAAGUUUGCAUGGAAGAGACUCGUUUACCUACCUGGUGAAGUUCAUGGGGAUGCACGCGACUUGGUGCAGUCACCUGCUGAGGAGCACAGACACCAUGGGCCUCCUGAAAAACGAGAGUUUCGACCUGGUGGUGGUGGAUGGCGCCGACGGCGGUGCCCUCCUGAUCGCCGAGAGACUGGGGAGGCCGUGGGUGGCCGUGCUCCCUGUCACGUUCGGAGGCCUGAGCUUUGGGCUGCCCGAGCCUGUGUCCUACGUCCCCGUGUUCUAUUCCCCCCUGACAGAUCGCAUGGGCUUCUGGGGCCGAGUGGGCAACUCCCUGAUGGUCCUCUUUGCCACCUGGGUGGAGUGGUCUAUCAGUGCCCAGUUCGACGACCUGAUAAGCGAGCAUUUUCCAGAAGACCCUAAGCCGGACUUACUUCACGUUCGGCAAAAAGCAGAACUGUGGUUUGUUAAUUCUGACUUUGCCUUUGACUUUGCCCGGCCCCUGCUUCCCAACACUGUUUACAUCGGAGGUAUCACGGACAGGCCUGUUAAACCGAUACCCCCAGAAUUUGAGAAGUUCAUUGCCAGCUUUGGAGAUGCGGGUUUUGUCCUUGUGGCCCUGGGCUCCUUGGUGAGCAGUCUUCAACCCCAGGUUCUUAAGGAGAUGAACAGGGCCUUCGGCCAGCUACCUCAAGGGGUGAUAUGGAAGUGCAGCCCUGCUCUUUGGCCCAAAGACGUCACAUUGGCAGCAAACGUGAAGAUCGUGGACUGGCUUCCUCAGAAUGACCUCCUGGCUCACCCCAGCAUCCGCCUGUUUGUCACUCACGGAGGGAUGAAUAGCGUGAUGGAAUCUAUCCAGCAUGGCGUGCCCAUGGUGGGGAUUCCUUUACGCUUUGACCAGCCUGGAAAUAUGAUUCGCGUGGAAGCCAAAAAUCUGGGUGUCUACAUCCGGACAGAGCAGCUCACGGCGGAGACGCUGGCUCUUAAAAUGAAACAAGUCAUCGAAGACAAGAGGUACAAAGCGGCGGCGGUGGCCGCCAGUGUCAUCCGGCGCUCCCACCCCCAGACCCCCGCCCAGCGGCUGGUGGGCUGGAUCGACCACAUCCUCCAGACGGGGGGAGCGGCGCACCUCAAACCCCACGCCUUCCAGCAGCCGUGGUAUGAGCAGUACCUGCUGGACGUCGCCUUGUUCCUGCUGGUGCUCACCCUGGGCACCGUGUGGCUCUGUGGGAAGCUGCUGGGCCUGGCGGCCAGGUGGCUGUGCGGGGCCAGGAAGCUGAAGAAGGCCUGAGGCGCGGUGCUGACUUCGGGGGGUGGGGGGCGGGCGUUGGUGUGGGGGCCACUGUGUCUCGGGGGGCUCCCCCCAGUUCUGGGAGCUCCUGUUCUCCCAUCACGCUCAUGUGCUAAUUUUGCUACAAAUGCCUGCUCAUGGCUCCUCCCUACGAUGGACGUUCCUUACUCAGCGCUGCCGCCUUCUUCGCUCGGCGGUCCGCGGGGCUCGGUGUCUGAGCCCAGGGGCUCUGGGAAGCUUGGGCCCCUGACCCUUGGAGCCCACUCUCUUCAUCACGCCCUUUUCUGGGGCACCGACGGGGACUGCUCCAUUUCAUCGUCCACUUGUCACAGAAUAACUCCCGAGACAGGCGCUCGGCUCAGUCUUGUGCUUUCUGUUUGCUUCUCUUGCAAACUGUCAAGGCUCAGGAAGCCUGCAUGUGUGCCCUCAGGGCCUGAUGCGCGGCUGUGCAGGGGUCCAUGUCCGGCCCCUGCCUUGGUGCCCCUGCAGAGCCCUGCCAAGUCUCUGCAGACCCGCUGCGGAGACGGUGGGGCGGUUGUGGCCGAGAGGGGCCCUGGUCCGCUUCCCAUCCCUGUGCGCCGUC